AAGAAACUGAAGAAGGUCGUCGAAUGAUCUCAUUUAAUGGCGCUGAAAUCUUCAAUCCGCAAAUUGCGGAGUAACCCCCACCUUCUUUUCGUGCGGCUGCCAUACUUUCUGUCAUUCCUAUGUAUCAUCAUUGGCGUCAUUUGGCUUCUUCUUCUGCCCCUCGACGAAUACUCCCGACAGACGUACAUCUCCGAGAACGCUCUCUUACCGGGCCAGGUCCAUACGUAUUUUGGAGGAAGCGAGCAGAACAUCUUUCGUGGGUACAAGAAAGAGCUAGAGGGAUUGUUGGAUAAAGAGGAGGGUCAGGUUGGAGACUUGACACCAGGGGUCUCCAAUAAGGUUCAAUCGAUUUUGCGAGCUGCUGGGUUGAAGGUCGCUACCCAGAAUUACGAAUAUACUUCCGCUGGUAUUUCGUAUAAGGGGCAGAAUGUCUAUGCCAUUAUUCACGCACCUCGGGGAGACGCUACGGAGGCAAUCGUCUUGGUCGUGCCGCAGAGGACUGCAGAAGAGGAAUUGAACCUGAACGCGGUUAUUCUUGCACUGACUUUGGCCCGAUAUUUCAAAAGAUGGUCUUUAUGGUCUAAGGAUAUUAUAUUCUUGUUCCCGCCAGAUAGUAAAUCUGGGACGCAGGCAUGGAUCGAUGCAUACCAUGAUAUGCAUCCGCCAACAGUCCAACCUCUUCCGCUGAAGAGCGGAGCUCUGCAAGGGGCUCUGGUGAUUGAGUAUCCUUUUGAUCAUCGGUUCGAGUCACUGCAUAUUGUCUACGAUGGCGUCAAUGGGCAGUUACCUAACCUGGACCUUUUCAAUACGGCCAUCUCCAUCGCCAGUGGCCAGAUGGGGAUUGGUACCAGUUUGCAAGAGAUGUGGAAUCAUGAUGAUAGUUACUGGAAGCGACUGGAGACCAUUCUUCGAGGGAUGGUUAAGCAAGGAUUUGGGUAUGCCACUGGAGCUCACAGCAGCUUUAUGCCCUACCACAUCGAUGCGAUUACUAUACAAACCAAGGGUGAUGGCUGGCAGGACGAGAUGGCAUUGGGACGGACUAUUGAAAGUCUCUGCCGCAGUCUGAAUAACCUACUAGAACACUUGCACCAGAGCUUCUUCUUCUAUCUGCUCAUGCAAGCAAAUCGGUUCGUCAGUAUCGGGACGUAUCUUCCCAGUGCGAUGCUGAUUGCAGGUAAUUUUACAAUCAUGGCGAUUGCGGUGUGGUUGCGAACCGGUUAUUAUCGAAAGGAUCGCCUAAGAUCUUCUGCCAUAGCUAAAUCCAGGGACAAAAAGCCCGCCACAGCUAUGGUAGUCGAUGCGCAAGGAAAGCGUGGAACCUUGGGUCAGGGCUCGAAUGAGAUGGACGAAGAAGAUACCCGGGUCAUGGAAAGACAGUUGGCUCUUCCUCUCACCCUUGUCGUUGGACUACACUUCCUUGGUCUGGUCCCUUUGUAUAUCUUCAACAAUCUUUUUCACGAGUACUUCACGAUGGCAACCUACACCUUCACAGUUGUCGAUUUCUUCCUCCCCCUUCUCCUCGCAGCCGUGUUGACACAUGGCCUUGUCCACUCUCCGACACCACAGCAGUAUCUACUCAUCAAAUCAUUCUCCCUCCUUCUCCUUGGUAUCUUCCUGUCUACCCUUGCGACGCUCAACUUCUCCCUCGCCUUUAUGAUCGGUCUCCUCUGUAUUCCAUUCAGCUUCAUCUCCCCGAUCCCCAGUAAUGGCCCCCUGUGCUACGCUUUCUCUGUAAUAGGGUUACUCGUCCUGAACGCAUUUUCCCCGCCUGUCGUACUUCUAGUUGUCUGCCAUUUCUUCGGCGUGGAUGUUGAGAAGGUUCUUGUUCAAGCUGCCUUCGGGUGGGAUGUAUGGGGCAUGUGGACGCAGGUGGUUGUUUGGUGUGUCUGGUGGCCUUCUUGGUUGGUAGGAGGGGUUUUACUGGGCUGUUCAUUGCUGAGCUAGUUAUUUUUCCUUGUGUUUUGUUCAUAUUGAAAAGUCCUAUGUGUCUGGUAGAUGGAGUGUUGGUCGCGACUUUAAAUACAUACUUUACAGGCA